AUGGAACGUUGUCUUUACAAGCAGCUUUCCAAAACGGCUGCGAGGACGUACGCCACGGCUGCCAUACCCCAUGAUGAGUACCACAAGAAAUAUGAUCUUCAUCCGUGGCCAAAAUCCAAGAAACCCACCCCACACGAGAUCUUCAAUCUUGACCCAUCAGCACAAAAUUUACCAACGUUGGAAUUGAACAAAAUACUCAAGAGCUGCUACGUAAAGUACGUCAAAAUAUACCACCCGGACGUAAGUAAAAACUUGGUGUUGACCGAUGACAAAGGAAAGCAAUUGACGGAAGAGGCUAAGCGUCAACGGUAUGACGAGAUCCAGUAUGCCUACGAUGUGUUGAAGGAUCCUCGCAGACGAGUCGCUUAUAACCGAUAUCAAAGCACAGCAUGGGAAAACUACGGCAAAAAUCCAAACCCUUCUUCGUUUGAAGCUUAUAGGAUGGCCAAUGCUCACAGAAAGAAGUACGAUUUUAAAGAGGAUGAGCAAUUUUGGAAAGCGGGAACUUGGGAAGACUACUACCGCAUGCGUUACAAUCGAGAGGCUCCUACUGAGGAAGAGUUUAACAAGAACAAGUACAAGAUUCUCGUGGGAGUUCUUGCGGUGGCUGCGAUAGUGGUGACUCUUCAGGUCAUGACGGCUCUAGAAAACGCAGCACAAUUUCGGCGUCGAGCAGAGAUGAGAAAUUUUACGUCAGGCACGGCAUUGAGCCAGUCGUUAGACAACUAUGGACAGGGAACGACGCCGAUUCUGCGGCUCCGACGGUUCCUUACCUCGAGAAGAGCAUCUUUGGCGGACCGCACCGACGAACAAACCCUCGAUGAAUUACGAGAAAACGACCAGGAAAUAGUACGCAAGUACGCCCAGCAACGGCUUGCCUCUCUUGAAGGGGCAGGAAAGUUAUGA